AUUGAUACUUUGUGCAUCGAUCAAAGCAACAUUCAAGAACGGAAUCGUCAAGUUGCGCAAAUGGGUGAGAUCUUCUCUGAUGCUACGGAAGUCAUCGUAUGGCUAGGCAGAUUACUCAACUGCAUAGCCUUAUUGAGGCUCACAAAGAUGAUUGGGAGGAAGACGCUCGCUCUCUUGGAAUUGUAUGAGAAGCGACGAGCCAUCGACGACGAGCUAUACAGUGACGAAUAUUGGAGCCGUGCGUGGAUUACGCAACAAAAUUUUCUCGCCAAAAAUGCUGUGAUAGUAAUGAAUGAUUGGAACGUCAACAUUGAAGAGUGUAUA